AUGCAGUUCUCCCAGAUCAUCUCCACCCUUGCCAUCGCCGCCUUGGCCGUUGCUGCCCCUGGAAAGGGUACCUCCAAGGACAUCACCAUUGAGGAGGCCCAGAACGUCUGCGGCAAUGACCUCACCCUGAGCUGCUGCAACAACGAGCAGGCCUUCGGUGGUCUCGGUCUCCUUUCCGGCCUUGUCUCCGGCCUCGGCAUCUUCAACGGAUGCUCCAGCCUCUCUGCCUCCGGCCUCAUUGGCGUUGGUGACAUCCUCAACAGCCACUGCAAGCAAAACGUCGUCUGCUGCCACGGCGGUGAGACCAACCAGGCUGGUCUUGUCAACGUUGCCCUCCCCUGCGUUGCCCUCGGCAGCCUCCUCUAA